AUGUGGUGGCGAAGCCAUACGACGACGGUACUACUGCUGGUGGCGUUCGGGAGGGACGUGGGUUCGCGAAUUUACAUUGAAAAUGGCAACGACGCUUUUACUGCCGAUCCCCCCGAGUUUACGGAGAAAGACGAUGUGUACAGCUCCGAACCUGCUUGCAGGAUCUCGCUAAAUCGUGAUCUUAACAUAAUGCAGCCGUUACUUCUGGAACCAGGUAGCGAGAGGUUCAUAUGGCCUCAGUUGAACGGCACCACCAUUGCCUUGGACUAUGGGCAGCCAGUGGAGUUGUACUGUUCGCACGGCUUCCGGAAGGGUUCACCCGGCGGUAGCUCCAAAUCAGCCAUCGUCACCUGCGCGGGUAACGAUGGUCUCGGUUAUCAAACGGAGCGCCACAACAUCUCGGCCUUCAGCUGCCAACGUCCAGUGUUCCACGUCGCCGAACGCACCGCAGGCCGAUGCUUCGGCAAUGGGACGAUCGUUCGCGUAGGGUUCGAACUAGGCCAGGACCGGUUUGCCAAACUGUACGAGGUCUGCUUCGACGAGACGCGACUCAGUAGCCACUACGUCAAGUAUCGGCUGGCGGCGCACAACAAUCAUCACCAGCGUGCGGUCAAGCGGCCGUCAUUUCUGCAGGGUGCGUUCUUCUCCGACCUCAAGGUGGGAUCGCUGUACUCAUUCGCGACCCAACACGCCACCCUGGAGAGGAUAUUAGGGUCGAAGGCUCGCGCCGAUGCCCUGCUCGAUAGCAAGAAGGGUAUGUUCUUUGCCCGCGGACACCUGGCGGCCAAGUCUGACUUCGUGUUCGGGUCGCACCAGCGCGCAUCCUUCUGGCUGAUGAACGUGGCGCCCCAGUGGCAGCGCUUCAAUGGGUUCAACUGGCAGCGCAUCGAGACGGGCGUGAAGUCCUAUGUGGCCGACCGAGACCUCCAGCUGACGGUGUAUACCGGGACGUACGGGGUGCUCGAGCUGCCGGACGGAAACGGUGACCAGCGUGAGAUCUACCUCGACUUCGACCCGACGCGAGACCCGCCUGGUCGCGUACCUGUGCCACAGUUGUUCUACAAGGUGUUGCUCGAUGAAGAAAAUCAGGCUGGAUUAGCGUUGAUCGGAGUGAACAAUCCAUACGUCACACAGGAAGAGAUUGCACAGGAGUACGUGGUGUGUCGGGAUGUCAGUGCGGAGAUCACUUGGUUGCGAUGGCGUCGGGAAUCCGUCCUGGACGGCUACUCCUAUGCGUGUGAUGUGAACGACUUCAACGCGGUCACAGGUCAUCUGGUAAUCGAUCAACCCAUCCUCAAUCUGUUGUUAUAG